AUGCACCACGUGAGAGAGGUUUUGGAUACCUCGAGGAAUCCCCAGCUCGUUCAUCUACGUGAUCAAGAAAAAAAUCCAGAAACCACCCCCAUAAGAAACCCAGAGGCUCCAAGAACUUCUCAUCAAAGCCUUAGGUAUUUUCAGUCCCUGUCAGUGACAGGGCCUCACCAAGCUGUGAGUCAAAUCCAGGAGCUCUGCUGGCGAUGGCUGCAGCCAGAGAUCCACACCAAAGAGCAGAUGAUGGAGCAGCUGGUGCUGGAGCAGUUUCUAAAUACCUUGCCAAAGAAGGUUCAGAUAUGGGUAAGGUCAAAACAGCCCAAGAGCAGCAAGGAAGCAGGAGACCUGGUGGCAAACUUGAUCCAAGCAUGUGAGGAGGAAGAUUCCUCUGCUCAGAACUCUGUUCUUGCAGAAAAGAGAAACACCACAGAACACCAAAAGAAGGACACAGAGAUGUCUGACAGUAAGCCACUUGUUAGAUCUCAGUGUUCGUGUCAAGGAUCCCAAGUGAAGCUGCCCACAGAGACUACUGAGGAGUUGGUGACUUUGGAGGAUGUGGCUGUGGACUUCAGUCCAGAGGAAUUACCCUACCUCAGUGCUUCUCAGAGGAACCUCUACCGGGAGGUGAUGCUGGAAAAUUACAGGAACCUGGUCUCCCUCGGGUACCAGUUCCCUAAACCUGACAUCAUCUCACAGCUGGAAGAGGAGGAAUCACAUGCUAGGGAGGAAGACGGGAGUACAAUGACAUGUCAAGAUUGGGAGGAACAAUCUGAAACCAAAGAUCUAACUCCAGAGCAAAGCCUGCCUGUAGAAAACGCAUCCUUGGGGGCAGGAAUAGAGGAUUUGGAGGCAGGUGACUCCAGGUGUGCCCAGACAGGAGAGUCUUCUGCUGAUGAUCCCCUGGAGUCGCAACAGGUCAAGCCAGUGGAAGUUUUGAGUCCCACAGAAAUAAAUGACCCCAAGACCCUUGCUCAGGAAGGAAGCCACGAGGGUGAUCAACUAGAGAAAAGCUCAGAACUUGACCAACCAUCAGAGAGUCUUCCUGGAAAGGAUCCUCAGGAGCACACUACUCCUGGAGUCUGCACCAGGUCCCAGCUGGCCCACAACUUGUUUUUCCUCCAAGAGAACAAACACUACAGAUGUGAAUUUUGUGAAAGAAACUUCAGUACCCGACCAGGCUGGGAGAAACACCAGCAGAUCCACACGGGGAAGAAGCCCUUUGUAUGUAAACAGUGUGGGGAAGCCUUCUACCUCAUGCCACACCUCACCAGACAUCAGAAGACUCACUUAGAUGGGAAGUCCUUGACCCAGCGUGCAGACGGCUACGGCCACGUGAGAAUUCAGAGUCAGGACUGCCAUGAGUGUUUCCAGUGCGGCAAAGCAUUUAUCCAGGCUGCGCAUCUUUUCCAGCAUCUCAAAGCCCACGAAGAAGCAAGAGACCUGCCGCUUGAGUUGCCCCGCAACAAGAUGUAUUUGAUUCGAUACAAGCGGCAGCACGACUACGUUGGAGAAAGAGCCUGUCAGUGUUGCGACUGUGGCAAAAGGUUCCGUCAACGUUCACACCUCAUCCAGCACUACAGGAUUCACGCCCAGGAGAGGCCUUACCAGUGCCAGCUGUGUGGAAAGUGUUUCAGCCGACCCUCCUACCUCACUCAACAUUACCAACUCCAUUUCCAAGAGAAGCCCCUUGAGUGA